CCAGGGUUGAAGCCUAUUCACUGGGCUGCCUUGUUUCUUUCUGCACGCCGGCGGUCACACAUCACACUUGGCUGCUGCCUCCACCACAACCAGCGCUAUGGCGAUUACCGACUUUCUAGCACUUUCCGACAUUACCUCCGCCAUCAACGCUUGUAAAGCAAAGGAUUCCUUCAACCCAAAGAUGUUUUUUAAAGUUGUGGGUCUAUCAAAGAAGACUCCAACUGAGAUAGAGAGGGUCUUUAACAUCUUGGACCAGGACAAAAGUGGCUACAUAGAACAAGAUGAAUUACAACUCUUCCUGCAGAACUUCUCCAAAGGAGCAAGGACCCUGACUGCCGCCGAGACCAGAGCCUUCCUGCUAGAGGGGGACUCCGACGGGGAUGGCAAGAUUGGAUGGGAAGAAUUUUCUGCGCUGGUCAAGUCUUCAUAAGAGCAUCUCUCUAUGAAUUAAGUUUAUUUUUUGUAUGGUUUUGAUCUCAGGUUGGAUUUCUUCAUGUAAUGUUAACUAGCUACAGUAAAAAAAUAAGUCUUUUAUGUGUGUAGAGACAACCUUCCCGAGUAAUGUGUUGAAAUUGCUACAUGUCAUUGUCCAUACUGGUUAUAAAUAAAGAUACUUUUCUCCAUCAAA